AUGGACUACAGUCAACGUUUAUCACAGUUAGACUCUCUUCCUGUGCUAAAGCAUGUUUCGGUUGGGCAAACAAUAGGUCAAGGAACUUUUGCUGUUGUUAAGGUCGCCAGUAUCAGGAACAAUCCACUGAAGUUAGUAGCCAUAAAAUAUAUUCAUAGAGCCAUUUCCCAUAGCAAGGGAAUUGAUGAUAAUAGGAUAGGUCUAGAACUAAGCAUUCACAAGGAAUGUUCAGGACACCCGAAUAUGAUAAAGCUUCAUAUGUUUGGUACUGAUAAUACGUGGAUCUACAUGGUAAUGGAGCUAGCAGAAAGUGGAGACUUAUUUGAUAAGAUUGAGCCGGAUAUUGGAAUAGAUGAGGAAUUGGCUAACUUCUAUUUCACUCAACUAAUCAAUGCAGUUGAUUUUAUGCACCAAAAAGGGGUUGCACAUAGAGAUAUCAAACCGGAGAACAUUCUCCUUGAUAAGGAUGGGAAUUUGAAGUUGGCAGAUUUCGGGUUGGCGACAAUUUUCAAACGUAAGGGAAGCCAAAAGAGACUUUCAUACGAGAAAUGUGGCUCGCCUCCAUAUAUGGCUCCUGAAAUAAUUGGUGAUGAUGGGUAUGAUGCAACGAUGAGUGAUAUAUGGGCUUGUGGAAUUGUACUCUUUGUUUUAUUAUCCGGCCAAAUACCAUGGCAAGAACCCAACUACAAACAUGACGAAGAAUAUACCAAAUAUGUUGACUUUGAUGGCAGGAUACUCGAUACUCCGUGGAACCAAUUCAGUCAAACUGUUAGACCGUUGUUGAGGUCGAUAAUUAAGCCUGAUGUUGGCAGGAGAUUUACAAUGGAUCAAAUAAGGUUGCAUCCAUGGGUGAAUCAGGAGAAUUCAUUCAUGGAUUCCAACAAACUAUGCAAUGACUCUGAGGGUUUAGCGGAAAGAUUGCUUUCGAAUUUACAGGUUGGCUUAUCUGACGAAGAUAUCAAAACGACUUUAUCAGAGACAUCACAAGAGCAGGAGAGGAAUCUUUUGAAUAAUAAGAAAUUUAUUUCUAACUCACAACCCACAAACGAUAUUGCCGUGAUGAUAGACGAUGAAUUCGACAUUCCUGUUAUUCCAGCGACGCAGGAUCCCGUCACUCAUAAAGACAGUCCGUUUAUUAAUGAUAUUACCGAUGCUCACGAAGAAAUGCUUGCAAUAGUUUCUAAAGAUCCUACCAUUUUGCAAUUUAAGAACACUCCACAAUACAGAAUGUCACAAUUAUCGACUACACAAAAGAAUUUGCUUGCAUUCAAAAACAUGCCUUUCAAGACGGCUGAAAGAAUGACGAGAUUCUUUUCAAUUUUACCAAUCGAAUCAUUGGUUCCUAUAAUACGGGAUUCCUUGCAUAGAAUAGGGGUUUCAACAACAAGUAUUGAUAAUUAUUCAAUGGAAGAGUUGACUGAGCAGAACCAUAUUUAUAUCAAUGUCAAUAUUAUAGCUGAAAAGUCUAAAAUGCCUUUGAGAGGCUAUAUCAAGAUUCUGAAGUGUGAUAUUCGAUUGCCAUUGAGAAAAGUGGAAUUCAUAAAGUCAAAAGGUGAUCCCUUAGAAUGGCGACACUUUUUUAAGAAAGUAACUAUACUUUCCAGAGACGCGGUUUAUAUAGACUAG